AUGCGCGAUCGCGCACGCCCAACACGGCUGGGCGCUCCGCAGCCCGCGCUUCUUCCUCAAAAACAACUCGCACAUGAAUACCGCGCGCCGCGGCCCGCCCUGGCCGACGUGAGCAAUCGCGAUCACAACCAAGUAUCUUACACAUAUGCUCCGCACAAACCGCCGGCUAAGGAUGCUGCGCGCCUCGGAAAAAGUGCGCGCGCAGAGCUUGCCGCGCACGAUAUCCCUACCUCGCAUGAAAGUGCGUGCGCACCGGAUGCCGUCGUUCCCAUACUCGCUGCCGAGACUGCGGAUCUGUCGAUGCGCACCGAUGCAUGGCGCCCCGAGCAGCGCGACGCGGCCUCCGAUACAGAGGCACAGCUUCCCGCGUCGCAGAGCGCCUCGUUUGAACUGAGCGCCUCGCAUUCCUCUGGCAGCCUGCGCUCUGACGACAGCGAAGCGCUUGCCGUGCUAGGGCUGGAUGUGGAUCCAGCGGGCAUUGUGACACUUCCCCUCGAUCUCGAGCUCGAUGCGCAGCGCCGCGUUGCCGACAUUUGCGAGCGCUACGGGCAGAGCGUACUUCUUCCGCAAGCGUAUGCGACGCAAGCAGAGCGCCACGAGCUCGUCCAGCUCGGCCAGCUGGAUCGUGCUACUGCCGCACACGAUGACGAAAUGAUGCGUCUCGGCCUCGAUCCUGAAGAGGCGCGCGACGCGAGUAUGGUCGCCGAGUACGCGGACGACAUUUUUGAAUACAUGGCAUGCUGUGAGCGCGAGUCCAUGCCGAACCCUAAUUAUAUGGACUUUCAGGACGAAAUCCAAUGGCAUAUGCGCACCACACUGGUCGACUGGCUCUUGCAGGUGCACAUGCGCUACCACAUGCUUCCUGAGACGCUCUGGAUUGCGGUCAACCUCGUAGAUCGCUUUCUCAGCGCGCGGAUCGUGAGCCUCGCCAAGCUGCAGCUUGUUGGCGUCACGGCCAUGUUUAUUGCAUCCAAGUACGAGGAGAUUUUGGCGCCGAGUGUCGAAGAAUUUGUAUUUAUGACCGAGAAUGGCUACUCGCGCGAAGAGAUCCUUAAGGGCGAGCGCAUUGUGCUUUCCACGCUCGAUUUUACCGUCUCGACAUACUGCUCGCCCUACUCGUGGGUCCGACGCAUUUCUAAGGCAGACGACUACGAUAUUCAAACGCGGACACUGUGCAAGUUCCUCAUGGAAGUAACGCUCCUCAGCCAUCUCUUUCUCCGCGCGCGCCCGAGCCUCAUUGCUGCGAUUGGCAUGUACCUUGCCAAGCGCAUGCUCGGCGGCGCGUGGGACGACGCAUUUGUUUACUACUCGCGCUUCACCGAGGAGCAGCUGAUCCCAGGCACGAAUCUCUUGCUAGAGAAGCUCAUUGAGCCUGGGUUUGAGGAGCAGUUUGUGUUUAAGAAGUAUGCAAGCAAAAAGUUCCUCAAGGCGAGCAUGUAUGCCCGCAGCUGGGCGCUUCGGAAUCACCACGAACUGGUUGCUGCACAGACCACCGAGUACGUCUACGCCCCCCACAGCGCAUCCUAG